AAACUAAUGUUAUUUAAAAGAGUUAAUAAGUACCACUUAAAACACGAUGAAAACUCGUUUGCUGACUAUUUAGUCUAACUUAUAUUCCUUUACAAUGAGGAUCAUUUUCUUCUUUAUUUUAAUAAACUUAUAUAAUAUUAAAACAGCAAGAAUAUUAGCUGUAUUCCCAACACCGUCUAUUAGUCAUCAAAUUGUAUUUCGUCCUUUAACACAAGCACUAUCAAGAAGAGGCCAUGAAGUUACAGUUGUUACAACGGAUCCUGUGAAUUCAAAAGACCCUGGUCUAUUUAAUUUGAUUGAAAUCGAUUUGCACAAUAUUUCAUACAAUUCAACUAACAGAAAUGUAUAUGAAACAUACGGUAAGCAGGAAAGUAUGUAUACACAAAUAUUUAUGUUCGCUAAUCUGCUUACAAAUAUCUUUGAAGAACAGUUAAAAACAAAAGAAGUGCAGAAUUUGCUAAAGAAGAAUGAAAAUUAUUAUGAUCUAUUAAUUCUUGAAGCUUGCAUCAGACCUGCUUUAGUAUUCUCACAUAUAUUUAAAGCGCCAGUUAUUCAAAUUAGUUCUCUUGGAGGUAUGUUAUUCAACUAUGAAGCAUUAGGAGUUCCAAUACAUCCAACAGUGUACUUCACAACAAUGCGACAAAAUUUAUAUGACCUCUCAGUGUGGGAUAAGAUGAUGGAAUUGAAAGUAUUUCUACAAGUUUAUUUUGCACAUUUUAUUUGUGAACAUUUACAAAAUGUAAUGUUGAGUAAAUAUUUUGGAAGUAACGUGCCUCGCAUCGACGAACUGAACAACAAUAUUCAUAUGUUAUUUCUAGCAACAAAUCCAAUUUGGGCAGGAAAUACACCGGUUCCGCCAAGUGUCAUUUUUAUAGGUAGAAUACAUGAAAAUACUGACGAACAAUUGUCAGAGGACUUGAAAUACUUUCUAGAUAACUCGAAAAAUGGUGUAAUAUACGCUAGUUUUGGAUCCAAUGUAAAAACAAAUGAAGUCAGUGCCAAAAUUACAAGAGUUUUGGCACAGGUAUUUACCAAAUCAUCAUUAAAUGUAAUAUGGAAAUUGGAUCAAAAUGAAUUAUCGAAUCACAGUGAUAAUAUAAAAAUUAUGAAAUGGUUUCCACAGGCUACUUUGUUACGACAUCCAAAUAUUAAAGUAUUUAUUACUCAAGGGGGCUUGCAGUCAACAGACGAGGCAAUAUCAGCUGGCGUACCUUUAAUAGGUAUACCAAUAUUAGCAGACCAGUGGUAUAAUACUGAACAGUAUGUCCACUUCAAUAUCGGAGUAAAACUCAGAUAUGAUACAUUGAAUGAGGAGCAACUACAGGAGAGUAUUAAUAGACUUACAUUGUAUGACAGGUCAGUAAAUUAUCGGAAGAAUGUCGUUAAGCUACGACAACAAAUACUUGAUCAGCCCCAAAAGCCAUUGGAGAGAGCUAUUUGGUGGACUGCAAACAAAUCUUGGAUGAGUUUGGAGUUGGAGCUUCUUUUCUUCCUGAGUGUUGCAUUACUUAUAUUGUAUGUUAUGGUAUUUACAAUGCUGUUAAUAUUCAUAUUUGUGAUUUACAUAUCAUCAACACAAUGUGCAAGAAUUUUGGCGGUAUUUCCAACACCAUCUAUAAGCCAUCAAAUUGUUUUCCGUCCGUUAACGCAAGAACUUGCAAGGAGAGGUCAUGAGCUCAUCAUUUUAACUCCAAAUCCAGCAUUCCCUAAGGGACAAGCACCGAAAAAUAUAAUUGAAAUCGACGUCCACAACGAAUCCUAUGCAGUUAAGAAUCAAACUACAAAAGAAGCAUAUGAAAAAGAUACAAGUUCAUUGAAAAAAGUAGAAUUGUUAUCACAAUUAUUCGUCAGAGUUUUCAGGGUACAAUUGGAAAAUGAAGAAUUUCGAGCUAUACUAAAAUUAGAUAAAGAUUAUUUUGAUUUGUUACUUGUAGAAGCUUGUGUAACCCCUACUUUAGGGUUGUCACACAUAUUUAAGGCACCAGUUAUCCAAGUCAGUUCAAUGGGAGCAUUAAUGAGUAACUAUGAAGCUCUUGGUAUUCCGAUGCAUCUGUUCUUCUUCCCAUCGAGCGUUCGUAAAAGAAGUCAUAAUCUAUCGUUAACAGAGAAACUUUCAACUCUUGUAGAAUUUGCAGUUUCUAAGUACGUAAUGAGAAAGACUAGAAAUUUAGAAAAUAAUUUGCUACGUGAACAUUUUGGUGACAAUAUACCUUCAUUAGAUGAAUUAACUAACAAUAUUGAUAUGUUAUUCCUAAACACGAAUCCUCUUUGGGCUAAUAACUAUCCAGUACCGUCUAAUGUUAUUUUUGUUGGAGGAAUGCUUCAAAAUGCAAGGAAAGAUCUACCUAAGGAUUUAGAAGCUUGGUUGAAUUCGUCUAAGAACGGUGUUAUUUAUGUUAGUUUUGGUAGUAACGUAAGUAAUAAGACGUUUUCACAUAAAACAAAACAUGUUUUAUCAAAUGUUCUUUCCAAUUCACCCUACGAUGUACUAUUAAAAUGGGAUGAAGAUGUAUUAAUAAAAGAAUCCAAAAAUAUUAGAAUUGGAAAAUGGUUUCCACAGUCAGAUUUACUAUAUCAUUCAAAAAUCAAACUAUUUAUAACACAAGGUGGUUUGCAGUCAACUGAUGAGGCAAUAGCAGCUGGCGUACCUAUGAUCGGAAUACCAAUAUUUGUAGACCAGGCUUACAAUACUGAACAGUAUGAACAUUUUAAUAUUGGCGCUAGACUUAAUUACAAUGAACUAACAGAGGAAAAGCUUAAGGAAACUAUAGAUACUGUAAUAGAAGACGAAAAAUAUCGUAACAAUAUAAUUAAAUUAAGGAAGAUUAUAAAUGAUCAACCACAAUCACCUUUGGAUAAGGCAGUGUGGUGGACAGAAUAUGUUAUACGAAACAAUGGAGCACAACAUUUGAAAAGUCCAACAGCAAAUAUCUCAUGGAUAAAGUAUUUGGAAAUUGAAUUAGUUGCUACUCUUACAAUAAUAUUAUUGUCAUUUAUUAUCUUUUUAAUAUUAACAGUCAAGUUCCUGGUUAGACUAACCAUUGGUAUGUUCCGAAAGUUGAAAGUGAAAAGGGACUAACUAUAUAUAUUAUAAAUAUAUUGCAUUCUGUUUAAUUAUAGAUUUAUAUCCUUCAA